AUGUCGUCUAUCGAAGAGCUCAAGGUGGUGCGGCUCUUUCGAGCUCUCAAUACGAUGAUUCAGCUUUGCCACGACCGCGGCUACAUCAUUCGACACCCGUCGGCGAUCGCCGAGGCAGUGCAGAACCCCAAACUGUACGACAAGGAGGAGGGGCUCGACCACGACUGGUUCCUGCGGCACUUCGUCAUCACGCCUGACCAGGCAGCGCGCAGCACACGCGCGGAGAAAAGUGGUGGCAGUGGCAGCAGUAGCGGCCCCAGGCGUGAACUGAAGCACGAAGAUGUCGACGACGUCAAGGCGGGCGAGUAUGAUGAAGCAGUGGACGAGGCCGAGGUGAUUCGUCGGGCCGCGAACGGAGAGUGGGUGUGCAUGCGUAAUGCCAUGCGGCUGACUUGCUCCGUUGACCCACGCCGCGCACCGCCGGCCGUGAAGGUGGAGCCAAAGGAUACCGACGGCGGCGUGUCGCACACUCUUGCGGCGGCUUCAAUGGAAGCAAAUCCGAAGGAAAAGGCAGCCAAGAACGCGCUCAUGGUCUUCUUCUCGAGCUCUCCGAAGCUCAGCAUAAAGGAAGUGCAGGCAUUCCGCGAGAAGGCGCUCAAGAAGAAGGUGUCGUCGAUGAUUGUUGUGACGAACAAGGUGGACCCCGGUGUGCGCAUGGAUGUGCAGGAACUCAGCGGUCGCAUGGAUGAGGCCACAGGUGCAGAGCUGCUCUCCAUCCAGGUUUUCGAGGAGGAGGCGCUGGCGUUCAACGUCGUGCGCCACGAAACGGUACCGCAUCACGUUGCCCUCUCGCCCACCGAGGCGGCAAUGUUCCUGGCAGAACGGAAGUUAAACGUUUCCCAACUGCCUCGCAUGCUGGAGAGCGACCCUCUUGUUCAGUACCUUGGUUUGCAUCGCGGCAGCAUCGUCCACAUCACACGCGAAGGGAAGCAAAGCGGCCCGUACAGCAUGUACCGUCACGUGAUUUGA